UCAAAACCCCUGUUUGAUUUGAUUUGAUCUCUCCCCUUGCCGUCUCCCAUCUCCAUCAGACCAACACUCCCCGACUCAACCUAACUCACUGCUGCUGCUGCCACCACCACCGCACCACCUCGAGCUGCGGCCAUUAAUGAGCUCCCUCCGCCCCUUGCCAUGUCCAGGACCUGCCGCGGUCUGAUUUGAUCCGGCUGCGCGGCCACUUUGCUGCUCCGCUCCCCGACUGUUUCAGAACCAGCAGCCGCCGCGACAAGGAAGGAUGGAGGGGAGGGCGCGGCGGCGGGGCACCGGCACCGGCACCAGCGCGAGCCCUGGCCGCAACAAGGUCUGGGUCGAGCCGCCGGGCAAGAGCCAGCACCACCCUCCGCGCCGCUCGCCUCCGCCGGCCCCGCCCGCGGCCGCGGGGAAGAGGGUGGCGGUCGUCUACUACCUCUGCCGCAGCCGCCACCUGGAGCAUCCCCACUUCAUCGAGGUGCCGCUCGCCUCGCCGGAGGCCGGCCUCUACCUGCGAGAUGUGAUUAACCGCCUUAACGUGCUGCGAGGGAAGGGCAUGGCGGCCAUGUACUCCUGGUCCUGCAAGAGGAGCUACAAAAACGGCUUCGUGUGGCACGACAUCUCCGAGGACGAUCUGGUGCUCCCUGCACAAGGCAACGAGUACAUCCUCAAGGGCUCCGAGCUCCUGGACCGAUCGCCGCCUGAUCGGCAGCAGAAUGGCCCUAGCAACACCAAGGCCGAGAGUCCCAAGCACCCUCAACAAGAGUCUCCUCAGUCGCGAGGAUCGCAAGAAGGGUGCUCGUCAUCGUCAUCCCCAUCCCCAUCUGCUGUUAUCAAAGAGGCCUCACCUCCAACUCCUACUCAGCAACCACAACAGCUGGCGCACUCCACAUUUGUGCCAUCAUCAUCUGCUUCCACCAACCGCGAGGACGAGCAAUGCAGGACUACACAUUCUGGCUCAUCGGGGAACCUGUCCCCUGAACCAGUAGGAACUAACGUUCCAUUAUCAGAGGCAAGCUCCCCUGGACCUUCCGAGUACAGAGUCUGCAAACCCAUCGGAGCACAGGACGCGUCCACACAAACCGAUGACAGUGAGAGGGAUGUUCCUUCUAAACAUACUCGCGCUGCAGGAAUCCGUACAGAGGAUUGUGCAUCAGAUGCUGAAAUUCAAGAGUGUCAUGAAAGAAGCACGCAAGCAUCACCAAAGGUCCCUCUACUUAUUCGAGAAUCACCACAGGUGUGUUCAUCUGAUGCUUCUCCCGGUGGCAGAGUUGAGACAUUGGAGUCCCUGAUAAGGGCAGAGGCCAGUAGGAGGAGUAGCUAUAAUAAGGUACUAGAGGAAGAACAUCUCUAUGGCCCAAUGGGUGUGAAGCUGAAGCCAGCCAAUUUGCUCAUGCAGCUCAUCACCUGUGGGUCCAUCUCUGUGAAAGAUCACCGUGGCUUUGGACUCAUCCCAACAUACAGGCCACGGUUUACUCAAGUUGAAUUCCCUUCUCCAAUGUUCUCUACUCCUAUGGCAUUGCGGCACCUUGACAAUGUUCCUUGUAGCACAAGAACAAUUGGAAUAAGAGUUUCUGAGUCAGAGCAUUUAAGUAGUGAAAGCUUGGUCGAGGAGAGUAAGCAGGAAGAGUCAGGGAGAGGAGAAAUACCCACACUCAAACGCUCAUCAUCUUACGACGAGGAUAGAGUGUAUAGAGCGCCAGACUCUAGAAGGGAUAUGGAAAGCUUGGCCGAGUCGGGUAGUUUCAGAUGUCUCCCACAGACUAUCAAAAUGAUAUCAUGUAAGCAAUCCAGAAGUGGAACAGCAUUCUCCCCCAACUCUGAUGUCAGGUACAGCUCUAGUCAACAAGAAUGUAGUACUGGAUCCUCACCACUUGGUUCAUCAAGAGGUGCAAGCAAUAGGAUGACUGACCCACUAGGUAAAUUAUCUUCAUCAAGGGGAGAGUCAUUCCAUGAGGAGAAGGACAAAAUGAUCAAGAUCGAAGAAAGGCUUGCUUCUGGAGCACGGGUUAUAAUCCAAUCUGCACCCUUGUGUGAAGAAAGUGAUGACAGCACCGAAUCACUACAUGGGCCUGGUUGUGGAGAAACGAUCGAAUUGACCAUUUCUAGCAACCCAAGUUCGAGCGGGUCCAACCCCCAUUCUCUCUCACCACCUCUUAAGUUACCACCGAUGGUUGCUAACGCUCCACCGUCAGGCUGAGAUACAAGGUUUUUUUUUGGCUCUUGUUGCAUGUUACAUUAGAGUAAACACAAGAAAUCUGCUCAAGAGGAAAUCCAUGCACCUCGAUUGUUGCAA